AUGAGCACAAACAAGCUAAAUGUGGAGGGCGUUAUGCUAUUCGAACAGCCAUUUGCAAGGGUACCAUACGAAAACUACAGAAAGGUUUUCCGUGCCUCGCAAAGAAAUAUUGAAAAGGAAUUUGCGCCGGUACAAACGGCAGCCCAUGAUUUGGCAAAACGAUCUAAGACCGGCCACAGUAGUACCGAUGAUGCUAUCAAGAGCAUUGACGGCAUGAUUACUCGUGUAGAGAAUUUGAAGCGGAAGCUAUCCGAUCUGCACACUUCUUCUGGAACGCCUACGUUAGGCGUUAUGCGAGAACGGCUGCAACACCUUGCGACCGUUGAGGAUAUGCAGUCAACUAGCAGUCCUGAGUUCGCACGAUGGGCGGAUAUACGUCUGGACCGAUGGCUGGUCGAUUGGUCCCUCCGUAACAAUAAGGUGAAGACAGCGAAGACGAUCGCAGCUGAGCGAGGUGUUGAGAGGCUUGUGGACAUCGAAUUGUUUUCUGACAUACGAAGAAUAGAAGAGGCUUUGAAGCGCCAAACCUGCACGGAGGCGCUUGCUUGGUGUAGCGAGAACAAAGCUGCCCUUCGUAAAAAUACGUUGGAAUUCGAUCUGCGACUCCAAGAAUAUAUCGAAUUAGCCAGAGCACAAAAGCACGUAGAGGCUAUUGCAUAUUCCAAGAAGCAUCUUCUGCCAUGGCAAGAGACACAUCUUCCUCAGAUCCGUCAGGCAUCCGCCCUACUUUGUUUCCCGCCAACAACCGCCUGUGGUCCGUAUAAGCGGCUGUAUGAUCUCGCACGUUGGACUACGCUAGUGCAAUCAUUUCGUCUCGCUAUCUAUAACCUCAGCACUCUGCCAUCUGAGCCUCUCUUGCAUCUCGCCAUGUAUGCAGGGCUUGCAUCUCUCAAGCUCCCCGCAUGCUACGAUACCCACAGAAAGAAUAUCGACUGCCCUGUCUGUGACUCAAAUCUAGGUCGACUCGCCGAAGAAGUGCCUUUCAGCCAUCACGUGAAUUCUACCAUUGUGUGCCGGAUAAGCGGCAAGAUCAUGGACGAGGACAAUAUGCCGUUAGUAUUUCCAAAUGGACAAGUGUACUCGAAAGAGGCCCUGGAAGAUAUGGCAGCGAGGAACGACGGGACUGUUCGAUGUCCAAGGACCGGCGAGAAGUGUAACUUCUCGGAUCUGCGCAAGGUGUUCAUUUCAUAA